UUAGCCAUUCAUUACUGGACGCAAAGAUCACAAGUGUGCUGUCCUUAUGUCACGAUCAGGUGAUCCUUAGCGCAGUUCAGAGUAUUAUACAGAAUAUGAUUGCGUGCGAAGACGCCCAACAACAGCCCCAUUACCUCCAAACCUUUGGUUUCGGGGGUUUGUGGCGAUUCGCGGGUCCCUUCUCGAAGUCCUAUCAGUCAAACCUGGAUAACGCCGAACUGUUCGUCAACUGCUUGGAAGCGAUGGUCGAGACGUGUCUGCCUGUGGACGACGGGGAGGUGCGUGAACUGGAGUACCCGUCGACUCUGUCGGUGUCGUCCACAAUGAAUCUCUCGUCGUCGAUGUCAUCGCUGACGUUGGGUUCGCCCACCGAUAAGGAGAUGAAUGCCAUGAAUGCCAUGAAUGCCACGGAAUAUCAUUCAACUAAUUCUGUGUCGAGCGGUGCCGCCAACUGCGAGACCAAACGUAACGGUGCUUCCAAUCAACACCCGUUCAUCAAACAAAGGAGUUUCAAGUGUAAGGCACCCAAAAACGGUAGCAAAUGAUGCCAUCGAUUGAAUACAAAUUGUUAUAAUUAUUGUAAAUAUUUAUUCUCUUAAUUAUAAUUAUAAUUAUUAUGAAAACUGUUUUACUGUUCGUUAAUCUAUUGACUGUUCUAUUGAUCUCAAGAGCUAACGAUGAGAGACCUGUUAUUUACCAUUAAAUCACUUAUACAUCGAUUUAAUUAUGUUUAAAAGUCUUGUUAAAUAUAAAUAUAAGUUAUUAUUAAAUGCUUUUAAAUUAUCAACUCUUAAGACACACACGAAAG